UCCUCAUUAAACUCACCUUAUCUACGAUCUGUUUCAGAAGUGUAUGUAGAAAUAUGAAGAACGGAAUACACGUAUUCCUAACGUUGUUAACAAAUUCAGUGUUCUGUCAGUGUGCCGACAACGUAGCGUUUACACUGGGACAGACCAGCCACCUUUACCUCAGUCACGGAGAGCAGAUAGCUUAUAACAAGGUCAUCACAAAUAUCUCGGCGACCUUUGACCCUCAAGGUUCCUUCAUUUGCAAAAUACCAGGGAUUUAUGCCUUCCAUUUCUUCUCCCUGGCUCACACUCAAAGCAGAAUUUGGAUAGAACUGUACAAGAACACAAAUUACAUCUGUUCCACGUAUGGAUAUACGUCACAUGGUUACGCGGAUGCUGGAAAUUCGGUUCUGCUUCAUUUGAAUACAAAUGAUCAAGUGACUAUACGAACUCACCAAUCUUAUAACUCGACAAUAUUUGGAACAGACAAUGAAAUCUACACAACAUUCACGGGAAUUUUACUAUCUGCCGAUUUUACGGAAUAUACGUAUGAAAAGGUGUCGUUCUCAGUGGGAAUUGAUCAUCAUUUUCACGCAACCAAUGGAGAAAUUGUAAUGUAUAACGAUCUGAUCCUCGCCAACAGUGCUUACAACCCACUAACAGGGAAGUUUACAGCUCCAAUUGAUGGCACAUAUAUAUUUCACUAUCAUGGACUUGCUCAAAAUAACCAGCUGAUAUGGCUGGAGUUGUACCACAACAAGGACUACGUAAACGCCGCUUAUGGACACACUGUGUCCGGGUUUGCGGACGCAGGAAAUACCGCCAUUCUCCACCUUCAUUCUGGUGACGAAAUUUACGUCAAGACAAGAAACAAUAGAGCGGUAGACCUGUUUGGUACCCCGAACGAGGUUUACGCUACAUUCUCAGGAAAUCUGUUGGCUCCUCUGGCACACAACUCGGAUGAUUCCCAGUCGGAAAUAUCUUUUUCGGUAGGCCUCUCCCAUCAUUUCACAGGAUCCAAUCUAAUUUUUGACCGAAUUUUCUCCAAUCGCGGAGGAGGUUAUAACUCUGCUACUGGUCAUUUCACUGCCAAAGACAGUGGGAUAUACGUGUUCCACUUCCACGCCCUCUCUCGUUCUGAUACUAAAGUGUGGGCUGAGCUUUACCAUAAUUAUCACUACAUCGACUCAUUGUAUGGUAGAUCUAACGGGGAGUUCGCCGCCGGAAGUAAUGCCGCAGUGCUUGAUUUAAUUUCUGGUGACACAGUAUUCUUAAAGUCCAGACAAUCUACUAACUCGUACUUCGGCGCCCCAGAUGAAGUAUAUUGUACUUUUUCUGGCUACAAAUUGCAUUUGGAGGAAGAAAUAUUAAUUGGCAAUCCAGGCGAAGUGAUUGGUUGACUUUAGAAAAGGAAUUCUGAAUAUUUAUAAACUAAGGUUUAAUAAAGAAGGUAAAAAGUUUUAAAAA